AUGCGAACGCUUCAGCACUUCGCCGCGGUUCUCACGUUUUUCGCAUGCGUGCAAGUUGUUCGUUGCGCUGCAAGUGAGUUGAGCGAUGGCACUUCCCAUGGAUUUAGUGGCGAGAGCUUCAUACAAGAUGGAAAGUCCGUCGCUUCGUUACGCUCGUCACCCCCUUCUAAGGUACCUAUGCCGCACGAUCGACUGAUUGCACUUCCUCAUACGAGACCUGACAAGACGAUCGGUACACCAAAUAAGGCGGUGCCGAUAGCAGAACUUGUCCCAGGACUGAAUGUUCCCCCUCCUCACCGACUGUACGCCACCAAGUGGCCGAGGGGGCUAACAAAGGGUGACGCCAAAGUCCGUAGAGCUAAGCUCGACGACAUGGAGCAAGAAGCUGGUAGUGCUGGUUCCGCCGCUGCUUCAGAUACCGCAGCUACACGCGAAGAAGGAGAGAGAAGUAAAAGAAAAAUACGUGUACCUUCGAGAGAAGAAAGAGCUCGGAAGCUGAGACAGGCGGAAGCCAGUGCAGCAAGGCUCAACACGGAGCGUGCAGUCACGCCUCCAGUGCAAGCAGAACUGCCGCAAUCUGGGCCGAGGUUUCCACCUGGCUUCCCAGGACGCCUUGACGAGCAGAUGCAACAGGCAGGUCCUUCCGGUGCCACUCCGGACCCUUUCCUUGAGCAAAUGUUCGAAUCGUACCGCACUUUCCGCGGAUCCAGCACUAGCACUCAUCCCACGUCAUUCCGUCAGAACGGGCUUCGGUACGGCUACAUUCCUUCCGUGGCCCCACUCGCAGCUUCAAAUCCGCAUCUUCCAGAAAGUUCCAGCGCCAGGGUAUUGCUGCCACAAGAUGUGCGUUGGGUCUUCGCUCAUUCGCACUACCGUCAACAAGCGUACGAGAUUGCGCGCGACACUUCGAAACAAGUGCAAGUGCGAAAGACAAUGGCGGCCGAAGCCAAACGACUAUACGAGAUGGAAGCAAGGAAUAUCCGUAACAGUAUCGAAAACCGAGGCGAACUGCCGCUGGACACGUCGGACGAGUGGCGACAUUGGCUCUCCGAGCAUGCGAUCCCUUUGCUGCUAAAUCCAACCCGGACGAGUCAGCCGGUCAGAUUGAGUUCUUCCAUCAUCAAUGCACGAUCUCGGUUGGCGCUCCGCAUUCAGCACAGCAGUCUUCCGCAAAAAGCUGCUAUUGCGUUGAACGGAGAGAGCGAAAAAUGGGCAGCCAACCUAUUGGUCACUUGGUGGACUUCUACUCACGAUCGCAUACUUGAUAGUGGUCUUGAGCACGUCCAUUGA